AUGGUGCGAUUGCUUCCACCGCAGAAGGAAGUCCCAGGUGGGCAAGAUCAACCUGGCAGCUCUCGAGGAGGGUCACCAGUUCACAACCAGGAGCCGAAAGAACGUCCCAGCACUUCGAGUCAAGGUUCACACCACAGUCGGAUGGAGCAAUCUGGUCGGCUUGGCCACAACGGCGCUGCGAGCUUGGCCGUGGCGAAGAAAAAGAGCGAGGAUAGCAUUCAGAGCGUCAACGACAGUGUGGUGGAGAGCAUCAACAGUGAGGAAGAUGUCUCGGUGAUUUGCCCUCACGGUGUCUUGAGCCCGCGUUGGUCCGGGAAACUUGCGUGGGACUUUAUGGUGAUGUUCCUGGUUUUAAUGGAUGCCACGGUGCUUCCCUUCCAACUCACCUUCAAGAGCAACUUUGACCCUGAUGACUUUGAUGCGGCAUGGCUCUGGAUCACCACCCUGAUCUUUGGCAUCGAUGUGGUGAUCUCCUUCAACACGGCGGUCGAGUCCACCGACAAAGAUGUGAGCGUGGCCCCAGGUACCUUGAUCACAGAUCGAAGGACCAUCGCAAGAAAGUAUUUGCGUGGUUGGUUUGCUAUUGAUUUUGGCAGCACCGUUCCCUGGUCUCAGAUCGCGGAGCUGCUGACCAGUGGGGAGGAUUCGGGCUCCACUCAGCUGACGCGAUUAACCAAGGUGGUGAAGUUCGUACGCUUGCUGAGGCUCAUGCGUAUGCUGCGCUUGGCCAAGCUGGGCGCCAUUUGGGAAAGGAUCGAGGCCCGGAUCGGCUCCAUCUUCUUCGUCCAGUGUGUCGCUUUGGUCCGGGUGCUCUUCAUCGUCAUCGGCAUUUGCCAUUGGAACGCCUGCAUUUUUUGGCUCGUGGGCUUGCCCAGCAACUUGUUUUCCGAGCUCAUGGACGAGGAGUCCCAGUCGCAGUACUUCAACUCACCUCACUGGACCACGAUCCUACGAGCGACCGACUCGGAAAAAGAGCUGUGGCGGUGGCUCGACCGACCACUACCCGAAGCAUAUGUUUUCUGCUUCUAUUGGACCUUGGGCGUGAUGAGGACGAUGCCUGCAGAGGUGACACCGGUGAAUUUGCCUGAGCGGCUCUUUGUCUUGAUUUUCAUGUUCUUCGCACUGAGCGCUUUUGCGAUUUGUGUGUCCCUCAUCACUCAGGCGUUCUUCAAGAUUUCAGAUCGGCGGCGGGCCUUUCAAGAGGAAUUAGCUGCGGUACGGAUGCAUCUUCAAAAGACUGACGUGGAGGAGACGAUUCAGUUGAAGGUCAAAGCCUAUUUGAGGUACAUCUUUGACCGGCGUCGGAUUCAAGCGAAGGAAGCCAAUUUGCUGCAAAUCCUGCCGGAGCAGCUGAAAGUUCAGGUUCGCCGCUCGCAGAUGCGACGCUAUCUGGAGAAGAUCCCCAUGAUGAGCGAACUGGAACGCGACAGUUUUGAAAAAGUGGUGGACUCCUUAGAGACCUUCGACCUCAUGCAGGGCGACGAGGUCAACACCGCAGGCACCCCGGCCCUGGCUGCCUGGAUCCUGGUCUGGGGCCGGCUACGCAUCACCAAGCGGAUCGUCAUGCCGACCUUUGAUGACCUGGACAAUGUAGACGUGGCUCCAGUCAUUGUGGAUGAGCAUUGCUUAGACCAGGAAGACAUGGUGGUCUCGAAGUACACGGCAGUGGCGGCUGAGAGCUCGGAAUUGCUGCGGGUCGACAAGGAGAAGUUCUUUAAGUGCAUCACCGAAACACGAAGGAUGAGCAUUGGGGUUCGUGGCACUGCCAUGUAUCACGUGAAGAAGACCACCUCACAGACGUCCGACGAGCGCAUCGCGAGCACCGACCGCAGGAGGAGUGUGAGUGGUGUGACCAACGCCGUUCAAGCUGCGGCGAGAUCUCGGCUUUCGGGAGCCAAAGUGGGCGUUGAAGCUGUGGCCUGGGAGAUGGCUGGUGGAGCAGUUGCCGAUGACAGCCAUGGGUUUCUGGACGACAUGGACCGGAGAGGUUGGUACCCUGAUCCAGCGACCUCCUUCCUUUGUGGUCCAAAGCGCACGUGGAGCUCCUUCACAGGCGACCUUGGCUCCGCUCAGGCGAUGCCUGGUUAUGGGCAACAGGGAAAUAUCCAGCAGGGCUACCAGGACUUGGACAGCCGAGAAGAGGAGGCCGCUGAGGAGAUGGAGGAGAAGUCGGAGCACCUCACGCAUAUGGUUUGUGGCAUUUCGUCUGGUGCAGAUGGUGGCAGCCAAGUCACUUGUGGUGUCCCCAUGUACUGCGACAAGGCCACUGGAGCACCGUACAUCAUGCCUCUGUACACUGAGCCCAUGAGACCGAAAGGAGCUGCAGGAUCCUCCGGUGCCCCAGGCAGUGUGACAUUUAGCAGCCCGCAAGCGGAGGCAGAAGCUGCGCGAGCACAGAUGCUCGAGGCCUCCUCGUCCGCGCGCAUCCGCUCCGAUGCGUUGAACUUGUUGAGGGGCUUCCUGGACAGCGCGCCACCAGCGACUCCUCCCAGCCCGGCAUCGGGCUUCUUCUUCAAAGGCCCAGGCGCGCCGUCCAAAGUCUUCUAUCCCAUCCCGAGCAAGACAUCGCCCACGGGAAUUGAGGUGGUCCCUGAUGUGGGCCCCUUGGGUGAACCAACACCGGGAUUGGUGCAGGGGAACAUGAACAACCCUGGCGUGGCGAACGGAGUGUGA